AUGGCUACCAAGUUCUUGUUUCAAAAAAAUAAUAAAGUUGUCAAUGAACAAACUAAAACUCAAUAUAUUAAUGAAGAAUCUAAUGUUCGAUAUAUUAGUGAAGAACCUGUUUCUCAAACUCAAUAUAUUAGUGAAGAAUCUGAACUUGAAUUUCAAUAUGGUGAAGAUCCUGAACUUGAAGUAUCUCAUAAUAAAUAUUUAUUUAAUUCAAAUAAUAAUGAUACUCUUGAAAGUACUUCAACUAUAAAUAACUUUAAUAAAAGAAAUGACAGAUUAGAGGCAAAAAAAGUUCAAUUAG